AGUGCGUUCUUUACAUGAUCCAUUAUGACAGCUCGGAAGCAAUCAGCGUUUUUUGUUUUGUCAGUAAUAAGCUGGACGCUGGUGACUGUACUAGCAGUUGACAGAACUCCCAUUCGGUAUCGCCCGUUCCGCUGUCGCAAUGGAUGGUCUGUGUCGCAAACCUUCCGGUGCGACCGUUUCCGGCACUGUAUCGAUGGAUCAGAUGAGGAAGGCUGUGUUCCGGCAGGUUUUCUGGAGGUUCCUCCGCUGAACGCAACUGUAGUGGUAGACAACUGGAUGAACUUGACCUGUAGAGCAAGCGGUGUUCCAAUCCCAAUCAUCGAGUGGAAGGUGUACGGUAAGCAGCCAGAAGCUUACUGUGACUGGAUUACUGAAGAUGGCGUGGGGCAGCUGAGCUGUCGGAUGCGACUAAUUGAUAGUGGGAAUUAUAGCUGUGUGGCGCGACAACUCAAUAGGACUAUUGAAACGAUGCCAACAGCUGCUAAGGUUGUCGGUAACGUAUGCAAGGAUGGCUUCUUCAAUGAGGUGGGGAGGAACAAAAUGUGCAUCAAGUGCUUCUGCUCUGGAGUGUCUACUCUUUGUCAUGCUGUCGAUCUCUACCGAUGGAAUUACACAAUGGCGAUGAACGAUUGGAAAAUGAAGUACGCCACUGUUUCGGAUCUGCAAAUGGUGAACGUAAAAAUCUUCGAUCAGUUUAAGGACGUUCCGAAAAACGUCACACCAUACUACUUUCUUCCCUUCAGAUUCACCAGAAAUCAAGUUGGAUCGUACGGAGAACAGUUUCGGUACCAAAUUCAACUGUACAAUUCCUUCAAUUCUAGGAUCGAACCUGAUGUUAUCUUGAAAGGCUACAAUACCACCUUGUUCUAUUUCAUCAAACAACCGCUUCUAACCAAUCAAACCAAUCCAAUCACGUUCCGAUUUCACGAGACCUCAUUUCGGAAACCGGACGGCAGACGGCCCACCCGCGAAGACUUCAUGACCGUACUGGCGUACAUCGAUACGUUUCUGAUACGGAUGUACCCCACCCGACCCGGUGAUGGACCAUCCUUCAUGCCCAGCGAGGCACCAAUGGUGAUGGAUGCUUCGACCCAACUGGGGUACCACGGACUGGGGAAAGUUACCCGAGUGGAGGAGUGCCGCUGUCCCCAUGGAUAUCGGGGGACUUCGUGCGAGCUGUGCGAUUUUGGAUACCACCGGGUGAUGCGCUUCCUCCGAACUGGGGCCUGUAUGCCGUGGGAGUGGCACCGGGAAGAGUACUAUAAGGUGUCUACGUCGACGACCAUGCGCAACUAUCAUUACGUCUAGGAGGGAGUUUGCAUGGACUUGGGGUUUCAAUCUUUGCAGAAGCUAGCUACUCUGUUAAAUUAUUAGAUUUUUUAACGUGUAACACAGAAAUCUCUCAUUUGAAUACAUUACUAUUGUUUCAAAAAAAGGAUAAGUUAUGAAUCAAUGAAUACAUUAAUGUUAUGCCUAAAGACUUGCUGUAAGUGAGUAGAUUUUGUCUGUGGUCGAGCUAGUUUGUGCUAGUGAGCGAACGUCAAACAGGAGCUAAAAUGAAGCAAUCGCCACGAGUGACCAAUCAUCAUUUUCCGAAAAUUUGAAUCAAUCGUUCAGAAGGUGAUCUAUGAACAGCAAGUAGAGUGUGAUGUCUGUUACUCUACAAGCAGAAAAAUGACGCUUGUUCAAAACAAUAAAACGCAUGGUUGAUUAUCAAACUGAGAAUUUACUAA